AUGAAGCUGCUGCUGCUGCUCUUGUUCCUGUUCACGCAGCAGCAACCCGCCCUCUCCUUCAGCCAAGCCGGCAGCAGCAGCAGCAGUUUGCUAGCUGCUGCUCUUGCUCCCCUGGAGGUCUCAGAGAAGCCGCCGCCGCCGCCGCAGCAGCAGCAGCAGCCUCACUGUGAAGCCUCUGGAGCAGGGAGAGAGGAUGUGUCUUGUACUAUUGGUGGACCGCCAUCUCCCUCAUCAUCAUCAGCAGCAGCGCAUAUAGUAGGGUCAGCAGCAUCAGCAGCAGCAGCAGCAGCAACAGGAGCAGCAGCAGCAGCAGGAGCAGCAGCAACAGCUGAAGAAGAAGCCCCUUGCAGCUUGUUAGCAGCAGCAGUACCAGCAGGUCGCCCAAGGAUAAUAGGAGUAUUAGAGGGGGUAAGGGCAGAGCCUAUUGGUCCCUAUAUGAAGACAUUAAGGAGACUGCAGCACCGAAGAGACAGCACUAGCAGCAGCAGCAGCAGCAGCAGCGGCAAAGGAAACACUGCUGCAGUUGUCUCCUUAAAGGAAGCAGCUCGUCUUAUAAGAGCAGCACUAGGAGACGCUCUUACUAGGCCUCUUACUGUCUCUUACCUUAAGCAGCUGCUGCAUGCGCUAAAUAUCCCCCUAACCCCUAUACCCCCCCCCAAAGAGCAGCAGCAGCAGCAGCAGAAGCAGCAGAAGCAGAAGCAACAGGAGGAGGAGGGUUUAGCACUGCCACAGGCGCUGCGUCUUGUGCAGAUUGUUGCAGGUAAGCCAACAAUAACAUCUGCUGCCUUAGAGGGACUAUUAGCAGCAGAUAGUGUCUCCUUUUUGCUGCGGGAGGCACCAGAUGAGUCUCCUGCAGCAGCAGCAGCAGCAGCAGCAACAGCAACAGCAGCAAUGAAGGAUACACUAGAGAACCUAGCCACAGAAUAUAUAGAGGAAGCAACUCUCUUCUAUGCAGAUGGUGCUCCUUACCUAUUAAUGUUACAAGUAAGCGGCAGCAGCAUAAGAAAAAAGAUGCUGCUGCAGCUAAAAUACCUGCAGAAGCAGCAGCAGCAACUGCAGAAGCAGCACGAAGAAAAACAGGAAGAGGAGGAGCAGCAGGAAGAAGAAGAGCAGCAGCAGCAGGACACUGUAGACCUAACCCCUGCAACAGUACAGGCGCGAGCAACAGUACGUGUGGCGAAGAUGCUCCCUGAAUUUGUUGCUGCUGCUCUUAAAGACAGCAGCAACAACGGCAGCAGCAGCAGCAGCAGCAGCAGCAGCAGACGUGGUUAUGAAUUACGUAUAGAGGUACUAGAGAAAAUGCUCGUGUCUUUAGUAAGACACACAGAGGCAGCAUAUUUAUUUGCUGUGUCUGAUGAGGAAGGAGACAAUAAAAUAAAUAUAAAGGAAUUCUUAUCUUUUUUGCUGCUGCAGCAGCUACAUGUGCAGCAGCUGCUGCAGUUAGCAGCAGCAGCAGGUAGUGUACGUGCAUCUACUGCUGCAGUACUCGAUUCCCCAUGGGUAGGAGAACUAGGGGCUGGAUGGCUAGAGGCCCCUCCUAUACAGCAGCAGAUGCUGCCUUUUGCUGCUGCUAGUCUCUUUGCUGCAGCAGACACAGACGGAGACAAUUCAAUCAGCUAUGACGAAUUUUAUUCUUUUCUUGCUGAGGAAGAAAUCUUCCUUGCUUCUGCUGUACAAUUACUAGGAAGAAUCACCAUCGUCUAA